AUGCCGCUCCGGCGGCUCGAGCUCCACAACUUCAAGUCCUACAGGGGGCACGUCAACAUCGACUUUGGCGUCGCUCCCUUCACCUGCAUCAUCGGCCCCAAUGGUUCCGGCAAGUCCAACCUCAUGGACGCCAUCUCCUUCGUCCUUGGCGUCAAGUCUGCCCAGCUCCGAAGUACGCAGCUGAAGGAUCUCGUAUACCGAGGAAGGAAGGCUGCUGAGGGUGUCCCCGAGCUCAUGGGCCUCGAUGCCGACGCUCCGGAAAGCCAGAACUUAUCGCAGAACGGAAACACGGACGGCCGCACCGCGUCGGUUGCAGCUAUCUACGAGGACGCCGUUGGCAAGGAGUGGACGUUCAAGCGCACAAUCUCGACUUCCGGUGCUUCGACGUACUAUCUCCAGGGCAAACCGGUCACCUACGUCAUCUACAACACGCAGCUUGAGAAGUUCAACAUUCUCGUCAAGGCCAAGAACUUUCUCGUCUUCCAGGGAGACGUUGAGGGCGUUGCUAGUCAGGAUGCGAAGGCUCUCUCCAAGCUGAUUGACCGCAUCAGUGGCUCUCUCGAACUCGCUCCUCAGUAUGAGGCCGCGAAGCUGGCGCAGGAGAAGGCUGCCGAGGCUGCCAACGCCAACCACGCCAAGAAGCGUAGCAUGCUCACCGAAGUCAAGCACUUCAAGGACCAGAAGGCCGAGGUCGACCAGUGGGAGCAGCUUCGUGCCGCAAAGCGCCACCUCAUGUGGAAGCUUUAUCACCUGACGCAGGAGAUCAACGAAGCCAAGGAAGAGGUCGAGAAGCGGUCUGAGCAGCUCAACGACCUCAACGGCGAAGUCCGCGAGAACGAGCUGAAGGAGGCGCGCAAGCACCAGGCCGAGACGAUGAUCAAGGUUAAGAAACAGGAGGCCAACGUCAAGAAGGCGGAGAGGGCUGUGGAGGAGAAGCAGCCGGACCUCGUCACUUUGGAGACUCAGAUUGCUCACUCUGAGAAGAAGGGUCGCAACACGCAGGCCAUCUUCGAGCAGGUUGAACGCGACCACAAGCGUCAGGCUGAUGAGCUUGAGACUCUGGAGGCGGGCAGAGCGCAGAUCAACGAGCGAAUGGAGGAGGCAAAAGAGCGUCAGCGGCAACGGAACGUCAAGGCCGGCAAGGCUCUGUCUGCCGACGACCUUGCCGAGCGCUCCGAGGCGAAUGUUACUGCCACGACCGAGCGACAGCAGCUCGAGACGCUGCGUCGAGAGCAAAAGUCUCUUCGCGACGCCAUUGCCUCCAUCGACGAUCGUUUGACGCAAGCUGAGCGCAAGCGUAGCAAGCUCAAGGACGAGCUCGACACGCUGUCCGAGAGGGAGGGCACGAUGAGCGACAAGGUCAAGAGCCUGGAAGCCGAGAAGAAGCGGAUCAAGGCUCAGAUCGACAACGCGCAGGCCGAGCGGGAGCGCAUCUCUCUGCAGGAGACUGAGAUCAACGAUCGUCUGCAGGAGGCGCUGAACAAGCUGCUUCAAGCCGGUGUGGACCGAAGAGAGUCUGAGCGUGAGGCCAAGAUGAAGGAGACUUUGGCCAGCCUCCGACGCGUCUUCCCUGGUGUGCACGGACGGGUGAUUGACCUGUGCAAGCCCACUGCUGGAAAGUACGACACUGCCGUUCAGACUGUGCUCGGCCGCAACAUUGAUGCUGUUGUUGUUGACCAGGAGAAGGUUGCCAUCGACUGCAUCGAGUACAUGCGCCAACAGCGUUUCGGUCAGGCGACCUUCAUCCCGAUCGACACCAUCCAGGUCAAGGCUGUUCCCGAAAAGUUACGAACCAUCGACCGAAGAGCGCGUCUUGCGAUCGACUGUCUUGAGUUUGACCCGGCUGUCGAGCGUGCUAUGCAGUAUGUCUGUGGUAGCGCGCUCAUCUGUGACACGACCGAGGUUGCGAAGACUGUCUGUUACGAAAAGCGCCAGGAGGUCAAGUGCGUUACCCUUGACGGCACUGUGUUCCACAAGAGCGGUCUUAUCACCGGUGGUCGCGGACACGCCACUCGCAAGUUCAGUGACCGCGACGUCGACGGCCUGAAGGCGACGAAGGACAAGCUCGUUGCGAAGCUUCAUGAGCUUAACGCGUCUAAGCCGAAGGAGAAGGCUGACGAGAGCCUGAUUCAGGAUCUCGCGCGUCUUGGCGCUGAGCUGACGGAAGCCAAGGACGACUUCCAGGCGACUCAGCUCCGUAUCAAGGGUCUGAAGAAGGAGAUCUCUGCUGUCGACCAGGACAUCAAGAUGAUGACACCGGAGAAGAAGAAGCGCGAGUCUGCCCUCACUGCUGCCGAGGCGCAGAGCGCGCAGCUCGCCUCCGUCGUGGAGUCGGAGGACGACAAAAUCUUUGGCGCCUUCUGCCAGCGCAUUGGCGUCGCGAACAUUCGCGAGUACGAGGACGUCCAGCUCAAGGUUGCGCAGGAGGAGAACGAGGUCCUGCAGUCGAUCGAGUUCCAGGCUGCGCAGGUCAAGGCUACGGAGGAGCGAUUGGCCCAGCUCCAGUCCAUCUCGUCUAGGGAACUGAGGAAUGCCGAGCGCCUGCGCGAGAACAAGGAGGAGCUCGAGAACGAGAUCGAGGAGCUGCAGGCCGAGAUUGAGAAGCAGCGCGAAAAGCUCGAAAAGUACAACACCAAGCACGAGAAGGCGUCUGCUGAAGUCGAGGAGGCGCGCGACGCUGCUCGUCAAGCGCAGCGCCGACUCGACAAGAUGCUCAAGGAGAUCUCCUCGUACAAUGACGGCAUCGCGCGCUGCGGCUCGGACCGGCAUGCGAUCUACCGCAAGUGUCGUCUUGAAGACAUUGAUCUGCCGCUUGAGUCUGGAUCACUAUCGAAUGUCCCCAUCGCCAUUGAUGACGACUCACUCAGUCCAGCCAAGGUCAACGACUACGGUAUCGAGCUAGACUUCACGAUCCUGGAGGAGGAUGACAAGGAGAACAGCGCGGACGACCACGGACAGGAGCUCGAAGCGCAGAUCAACAAGAUGAAGGUGGACAUUGAGCGUGUGACGCCAAACAUGAAGGCCGUCUCGCGAUUGGAGGAGGUCGAGAACGAGCUCCGAGACGCUGAGACAGAAGCGGACGAGGCACGACAAGAGAGCAAGCGUGCGCGCGAGGAGUUCCUCGACCUGAAGAAACGGCGGUGCAAUCUGUUCAACAAGGCGUUCACGCACAUGUCCAAGUGCAUUGACCAGAUCUACAAGGACCUGACCAAGAACUCUGUCGUGCCGCAGGGUGGUAUGGCGUUCCUCUCACUCGAGGACGCCGAGGAGCCCUACCUCGCCGGUGUCAAGUACAACACGAUGCCGCCGGGCAAGCGUUUCGUCGAGAUCGAGCAGCUCUCCGGAGGAGAGAAGACGAUGGCUGCGCUGGCGCUGCUUUUCCACCCCGCACCGUUCUUCGUGCUGGAUGAGGUCGACGCUGCGCUGGACCCGACCAACGUGUCCAAGCUUGCGCGCUUCGUUCGUGAGCAGUCCGAGAAGGGCGUCCAGUUCAUCAUCAUCUCGCUCAAGAGCACCCUGUAUGAGCACGCGGACGGAUUGGUCGGCGUGUACCGUGAGCAGGUCAUGAACAGUUCGCAGACGCUGUCGCUGGAUCUGGCCAAGGCAUAG